ACAAGUGGCUCAAUACUUCAUCGUUGGUUACCCAGCCGUUGAUUGCCCAACCGAUGCGAACGAACAGGAGGAAGGUGGCGAUGCUGGCCCUUGCCUUGGUGGUUGCAGUCUUUGUUGUCUACCCCGGCAACUACGCUGGGCCAACGGGACAACAAGCCAGGUUGGGCAGGGAACCGCUGGUGGUGUUGGUCUGGAAUUGGCCAUUCUUCAUGAACUCCACCGCGGAGGCCAAUGCGUGCCAGGAUCUGUACGCCAUGGACAACUGCGUCCUCACCUGCGACAAGGCCGCGUUCGGUCGGGCAGGCGUGGUCGUGUUCCACCACCAGGAGCUCCAGAGCAACAUCUCCAGCCUGCCGCAUGGAGCUAGACCUCCCCACCAGAAGUGGGUCUGGGUGUCCCUGGAGUCCCCGUCCAACACGAGAAACCUUCGUCAACUCAACGGCCUCUUCAACUGGACCAUGACCUACCGGGAAGAUUCUGACAUCUUCAUCCCUUACGGCAGCCUGGUUAGUAGACGCCAACACGACAACUUUACCAUCCCGGAGAAAUCUCGCCUCUCAACCUGGAUUAUUAGCAAUUACCACAAAAAAAGCCGCAGGGCAGAAGUGUAUUUCAACCUGAGCAAGCAUAUGCAAAUCGACAUCUAUGGGAAAUCAGUCAAGAAGUCCCUGAGCAAGACACUUCUGCUGCCAACAAUCUCGAAAUACGCCUUUUAUCUGGCAUUCGAGAACUCCAUCCACAAAGACUACAUCACCGAGAAGUUGUGGAGAAAUUCCUUCAUGGCCGGGUCGGUCCCCGUGGUCCUUGGUCCUCCCAGGGCCAACUAUGAAAGGUUUGUCCCUUCAGAUUCCUUCAUUCACGUCAACGACUUCACUUCUGAGAAGAAACUGGCCGAGUUCCUGAAGGAGCUGUGGCAGAACAGGACUCGCUACGAGCAAUACUUCAACUGGAGGAAGCGAUACACAGUUAAGAUGCACACAAACUGGACAGAGAGGUUUCGUACAAUUUGCUCAAAGUGUAACAGCCUUCCUCAAACAAAAACGUACGAUAAUUUGUACAACUGGUUUCAUGAAUAAGGAUUAUUUUUAAUAUACCUCAACUUAGUUUGUUUGUUUAAAUGUGUGUUUUA